UGGAGAAUAAUUUUCCGAGCAAUAAGCAUAUUAUUUUGAAAAUGAACUAAAAAUAACACUUGCAAUUCAAUUUGAUUCGGAGAUCAUCUGUUUAAUGCAACGGUCCGAUGAAAGUGCCGAACGAUAACGAUAAUAAGCCAAUAAUUCAUAAUACCUCAAUACGCAACCAUAUAACAACUCGUGACACAUUCAUUGCUAAGUAUCUUUCAGCCUGCUAUUUGUCGCGUGAACAAUUUUAUCUGCCUGAUAACAAACCGAAACACAUUGUAAUGCUGUUCGAAAUGACGAUAAAAUCAUACACCAAUACAGGAUUGAAUUGUUCUGCUCGGAUUUCUAUCAUUAGAAAAUUUUGUGACAGUCAGUACACAACCCGGACUUUGUAAGCGCAGUUGCUUUGUAUUUCUCAGUCGAUAGCUUGUGUAAUAGAUUAGUUGGAUUCGCAAUGCCAAAAACUAGUGAAACUAGAUUUGUCAACUCUCUGUUUCUAACUAAUCUAAUCCAGUCUCACUAUGGGGAAACAGAUGUGAAAAUUAGAGCAUAUGAUGUGGAGCCUGCCACUAUUGGAACCACCAAUCACUGUGUGAGGUCUUCGAUGAACAGAAUCCUAGUGAAAUAUGUUUCCAGAGAAAACCCAUCGGAGAAAAUAGUAACGUUCGUGGCAAAAAUGAAACUAUCGGAUGGAAGACAUGUUGACGAAGUUUUCCAAAAAGAGUUGUCGGUUUACGAAAGUGUCCUGCCAAACGCAGCAACAAUUCAAAAACCCAGAAACACGGUUGAAUUAGCGCCAUGUUUAAUCGCAUCAUCAAGCGAGCCGUUCAAUUUUAUGAUACUCGAAGAUAUUACGAUGCGCGGGUAUUGCGUGGAAAACCAGGAGCUUGGACUGAAUAUUCAACAAAGCAAAAUGGCGAUUGAAAAACUGGCUUUCUUCCAUGCUGCAAGUGCAGUACUGAUAUCUGAGGAUCCCAAUCGGUUCGUCAAAUUUUCCAAAGGAACAUUUCACACAGACCACAAGGAUGAGCUAGCAUAUUUCACUAAAGCCCUGACAACAAUCGUCAACAAUGGCUCUGAGCUGGGAAUCGGUACUGAUUUGCUAGACAAGUUGAAAACACUGCCCUCUAGAGCGACGCAGAAAGCCAUCGAGGCUUACAGCAGUGAAUUCCAAGGAUUGGCAGUGUUGAAUCACGGUGAUUUUUGGACAAAUAACAUCAUGUUCAAAUACAACAACAGCGACCUAGUUGAUGUCUUGUUUAUUGAUUUUCAAAAUUGUGUCGUUGGCUCACCAAUCGUUGAUCUUAUUUACUUCCUCACGUCAUCACCGUCAUAUGAUGUUUUGGAGCAAUACAAAGAUGAAUUGAUUUAUGUGUAUCAUGAAACUCUUUCAAUAUUCCUACACCACUUUGGCUAUCAGAAGGCUAUUCCAUCAUUGAUGAAUUUGCAAGUCGAGUUACUGAAAUAUGGUUCAUUGGAGGUAAUUCUUUCUUUAACAACUGCCCCAUAUUUGCGAACUAGGGAUGCACAAAAUAUCCCUCCGAUGGUUCCAGCUUUACACAUAGAAACGCAGGGUUCAGAACUGCUGUCAGUUCUCAAAGCACACUCAAAUCAUAUCAUUCGCCAGCUCCAGGACUAUGAACUUCGUGGUCUUCUUGAAUGGGGAACAUCCGAAAGCAAAAUUAAAGGAAAAUUGAACAAAUGGCUGUUGAACAAAUUUCGUCCCGAACAUCAUGGAUUUAUAUACGUUACUUUCCUGAUGACAGUCCUAUUAAUGAAUCAAUAUCGAUCUGCACGGAAUGACUAUAAUUGAGUCGGAAUUAUUCGAUGGUCGCUCUGUUGACAUCCGAAUUCUGAGUUUGAGCGUGGAAGGCGUUGUUGGCUUUACAAUAUAAGAAUGUAGUAUACUUCGUACAACUCGUGACUUAUGCGACGGUGCUACAUGCUUUUCACCCUACGAAUCGUUCGCAAUACUUGGACAAGGAGUUACGAACAGAAAUGGAAACGAAUCGAGCACGGGAGCCAAAAGAUAUAAAGUACAAAUUAUAAAACUGUAUAACAUUUCUUGUUGAUAGUGCAAGAAGCUAUGAAUCGAAAAUUGACCAAGUUACAGAACUUCAAAAUUGAUGAAAUAUUUACCUAUCUUUCUUAUUUCGUGUACCCCU